UAAACACCUCCAGCCCCCCAGUCAGACUGUCAAAUUGGCCAGUUUAGAGUCAUUUCGGGUACGGAGGUGCAGCUCGGAGGAAAACAUUCAAAAAGUUUGUUUAUUCAGAAACAGGAGGCUGCUCUGGCUCCAGGUGACGUAACAGACCGUCUUUAUUAACUUGAAACUGUUGAGCGUCUGAAGCAGACUCGGGCUUUCUUGCGCUUUCUCCUCAUCUGCAGGGGUAUAGCUGUAACCCUCCCGGCACCCGUCUUGGACCAGCCACCAUUUAUAGCCCGGCCGGCGGUGACAAACAAUCUUAUUAUGAGAUUUAAACUUUGCCUCUGCUGGUCUGAAGGAUCAACACGCGCUCCUCUCGCAGAUCCCCCGCUGUUCCCCUAACUGACACCGCGAGACAUCCGCCGGGCUGCGCGCCUCUUCUGAGGGCGGUUACACGCCGGUGUCAGCUCUCGGUGUAAUAGAAAGACCCGAGCAGGGCUCCGGGUCUCUUUAGAAUACAUGAAGGCGAGCGAUGAGAAGAGCUCAGCCCCCGAAUUAAAUCACUCACCGCUAAAUGGAUCUUUGAGACUCCCCUGACGCAGACUAUCGCUGCUCCUCACACCGACUGCAGAAAUUUUGGAUUCCUUCUGAAACAUUUUUAAACCCAUUCUUUUUAUCAUUGCAAUCGCCCUUUUUUGUCUUUUUUUCUGAAAAUGUCUCGUGCGCGUGGUGAGAUACAGUAAGCCGUCCUCCUUGCGUCGGAGAGGGCUUCUAUCUCUCUCGCUGCGAUCGUUAAGCAGAGCUAAACACCAGAACCUAGAGAAGGUCUGCUCUGCUGGAGGCCACCAGGAAUGCGUUUCCACACCAAGGAUUUCAACCUAGGUUACAGCAGUCGUUCAUCUGCCCUCAUGAAAGAGACACAGGAAGGAAUGAACUGAAGAUGAGACCAUAUUAUGAUGGUUGCAUAUCGGGAAAAAAGCACAAGUCAAGCUAAAGAUGACACCUCCUUUUGAGCAUCUACAAAAGUUCAUUAAAAGCAAAUCUCAAUGAAAGAAACAAACAGAAGAUACCCAAGAUUUUUCUGAUUGGUACAUGGGGACAAUAUGCAUCAGCAUUCAUCCAUCACUGGCUCUGGCCCUGAGAACAGUUGAGCAUUCAGCUGGUUCACUGACAGGAGCAUAUCAACGUACUGACACAGCAGUGGGAUCACCCUCCUUUCAUUCUCCUGGCUCCGUCCAUGACUCGCCGAGAAGCACCAAUGGCCUGCAGCUCAAGCAUGGUGUUGAGUGCCUUGCUUUGGUCAGUAGCCAUUGUAUAUUUGACUCAUAUUGGCAAGGUUAAUGGCGACUGCUGGUUAAUUGAGGGUGAAAAGGGCUUUGUAUGGCUUGCAAUUUGCAGCCAAAACCAACCACCGUAUGAGGCCAUCCCACAACAUAUCAACAACACCAUUGUAGACCUUCGCCUGAAUGAGAACAAAAUCAAAAGCAUCCAUUAUUCUUCCCUCAGUCGCUUUGCUAACUUGACCUACCUGAACCUGACUAAGAAUGACAUUUCCUACAUAGAGGAUGGCGCAUUUUCUGCUCAGUUUAACUUGCAAGUCCUUCAAAUGGGCUUCAACAAGUUACGGAAUCUGACAGAGGGGAUCCUUCGGGGUUUAGGAAAGCUGCAGUACCUCUACCUCCAGGCAAACCUAAUUGAAACUGUGACACCUAAUGCCUUUUGGGAAUGCCCCAACAUAGAAAAUAUUGAUCUCUCCAUAAACCGUAUCCAGCAGUUAGAUGGGUCCACAUUUACCAGUUUAACUAAACUUACCACCUGUGAACUGUACACCAACCCCUUCAACUGCUCAUGUGAGUUACUUGGAUUUGUGAAAUGGUUCUCAAGUUUCCCAAACCGGACCAAUGAGCGGAUGGUGUGUGACUCUCCACGUGGUGUUGCAGGUUAUAGCUUAUUGAGCCAGAAUCCCAACAAUCCAACAUAUCGAAAUGCACUUCACAUGCUAACUACUGUGUGUACCGAUGACUAUGUGAUACCAUUCACCGCUGUGUCCAUCGAGACUAUGACACUGACAACUGACUCAACACUAUGUAGGCUGGAGGAUUGUUUCUCAGGCACUGAACCAGAGGACAUAACCGUCAGCACAACUGAGAAUGAGGUGCAAGUAAGCCCUCUGAUGAAAGUACGACAAGUGACAAACACAGGUGCCAUUAUUACAGUUCAUAUUCCUCACCCCUACAAGAAGAUGUACAUUCUGGUGCUUUACAACAACAGUUUUUUCACAGAUAUUCAGAAUCUGAAAGUUACAAGGGAGGACAUUGAGCUAAAAAAUCUUAAACCCCACACCAACUACACAUACUGUGUUGCUUCAAUACGUAAUUCUCUUAGACACAACCAUACUUGUCUCACAAUCACUACUGGACCCUGGACUGAAAAAGACAGAGAUCCAAACCCAACUGCCACACACUACAUUAUGACAAUUUUAGGCUGCCUCUUCAGUAUGGUCAUAUUUCUAGGGAUUGUUUACUACUGCUUGCGAAGAAAGCGCCAACAAGAUGAAAAGCAAAGGAAAUCAGGCAGUCUAAAGAAGAACAUAAUGGAACUGAAGUACGGACAAGAAUUGGAAGGGGGGACUAUUUCUCGGAUGUCGCAAAAGCAAUUGUUGGCUGGAGAGAGCAUGGCACGUAUGCCAUACUUACCAUCUGCUAGUGAAAUGGAGCAAUACAAAUUUCAGGAGAUAAGUGAUACUCCCAAAAUGAUUAAGGGAAGUUACAUGGAUGUGCGAAGUAUGGACCAUCAUGAGCGGAGAGAGUGUGAAAUGGGAAUGGCUGGAAACAGUCAGGGCUCGGUGGCUGAGAUUUCCACAAUUGCAAAAGAAGUUGAUAAGGUUAAUCAGAUAAUUAACAACUGCAUUGAUGCUCUUAAGUCAGAGUCCACUUCCUUUCAGGGGGUUAAAUCUGGAGCUGUGUCCACUACAGAGCCACAGCUUGUACUAAUAUCAGAGCACCCCCAGAGUAAAUCUGGUCUUCUUUCUCCAGUGUAUAAGGACAGCUACCAUCACUCUCUGCAGAGGCAUCGAACCUCAGAUGUCUCGCCAAAGAGGCCCAGCACUGCCACAGGAGGGCCCAUGCGAAGCCCCAGACCUUAUCGCUCUGAAUCCAGGUAUACAGAGAAAACCUCCCCGGGUGGAGAGAGCAUCAUCACUGUAACACCCGCUGCUGCCAUCUUGCGGGCCGAAGCAGAGAAGAUUCGUCAGUACAGUGACCACCGUCACUCGUAUCCCGACGCUCAAAUAGAGGAGCUAGAAGGACCUGACAGUCACAAGCUGUUGGAGCCUCUCACUCACUCCCGCUCCAGAGACUUAGCAUAUUCCCAGAUGACCUCUCAGUAUCACAAUCUAAGCUACUCCUCUAGUCCUGAAUUCUACUGCAAACCUUCACACAGCAUCUGGGAGCGAUUCAAACUCCACCGUAAACGGCAUAAAGAUGAGGAGUACAUGGCUGCGGGGCACGCACUGCGCAAGAAAGUUCAGUUCGCAAAAGAUGAGGACCUGCAUGAUAUUUUAGAUUACUGGAAGGGCGUUUCGGCCCAAAAUAAAUCGUAACCCAUCUAGUUGUUUUUAAAAUGAACCUUACAUUGCCAAAAGGACACAACUGAAUCAUUGGAUACUUCAAUAUUAUAACCAACUACUCAUUCAAGUUUAUCACAACAUUUGACUGUGAAGAGAAUGGAACAAAGAUUCUUUAAAUUUGUCAUAUUAUGUAAAACACUCAUCUGGAGAAAAAUGUAAUGCUAAUAAAAUAUAUAUAUAUAUAUAUAUUUAUGUUUCAAUGGAUAUUAGAUUUUUGGGUUAUCUCAUGGCCAAGUCCUGUGACAGUGGAUUUGCUGUUGUGUAAUUUGAAACUACUAUAUGAAGAUACUGAAAGUUCAAUAUUUUUGAAGAACUAUCUGGACCCAUGCAAAUAGAAUGAAGUUUCUUCCCUCCUUGCAUAUAUUUAAUUGAAAACUCUGUACAGAUAUGGGUUUCUAUAUUUGCAAUGUUUGCUGUGUAAAUGGUGAAGUAUUAGUGGAAGAAUCAGGUUUAUCAGAUGGACUGUUGUUAAUUCAGAUGAGCUUGGUUACCGAAGGAGAGCAAGUCCUUCUUGAAAGCUGUUAAAAUGAUUGACACCAACUCCAACUGUUUUGUUUCCAGUUUUUUCUAUGUUGUUGGUUUUUUAUUUAUUUAUUUUUUUUUAUUUUUUUUUACUUUUUUACAACUCAGAUUGAUUCAGUUUUAAGUUCCCUGAAUUCCACUGUGCAGUAUUCACUGAAUUUCCUUUUGUUUGCUGGCAAAAAUGCAGUAUACAUAACGCUGUGGUACACCUUUCUUUUCAUUAACCACUGUUUUCAACUUUAGAACCAAAGUAGAAAAAGCUGAAAUGUUUACAAGAUUCCUGCACAGAUUAUGAUGAAAUCUGCAUGAACACACACCAGUGCAUACAGGUUUUCUUUUGUUCAUCCCUAUUCUUAACUUUUUUCUAAAAGAAAAAAAAAAUACUGUGAAGUAACCGUAUCCACAAACAUGUCGUAUGAAAGCCAAUCACUAGUUUGGUGGGAAGGCAGCUGUACUUGGUCACGUGGUGUUUCGGUACACAUGAAGCUGCUCUGCAGGUCAGUCCGAUGGAUGAAUGUAACAGAUACAUAUUCUGAUGUGUUUUGGCAGCUUUUUCUGUAUUUUCUCAAUGAUGUUUUAAUUUCAUGCCAUUAAUGACUGUUUUUUUUAGUUAUUUUGAAGCUUCAAUAUUUCUCCCAGUAUGCUAUAUUCCAUAAUGUGUGACCGAACAAACAAAGAGUAGUUUGUUAUUCAGAUGGGCCUUGCUGCUUGCUGAGAGGUUCGAUGUGAUUUUAAUCUGCUUAGGCUGCUAAAGAGUUUUGUAUGUUAAGACAGCUGAGUACAAGACAAACAUCCACAUUUUAGAGACAAAUUCACGAAUGUGAAACUGAGUCCUCUGACUUACUGGCUGUGAAUUUGUAAAUAAUGUUUUAUUUUGUUUGAGUAAAACCAAGAUUUUAAGCUUUUUCUUUGUAAGAUGUUUAUAUAUUUUAUUCUAAUCAGGCUCAUGAUGAUUCAUCACAUAUAUUGGAAUAUGUGCUGAAUAUAUAAUCUGCUAUUCAUUUGAGGUACUUUUAUUUUGUAAUGCGUUAGAGCUCAUCCACAUUAGUAGAUUCUUAAAACUGGAUUUUAUUAAUUGUGAUCCUAAAUUAUGACGUUUUGAUAAAACGUUACUUAAAUUACAAGGUUUUUGUUGCAUUUGUGAGAAAAAAGAGAAAAGUUCAUUUUUAAUUUUAAUUGCUCUCCAGUCUGAUACCGAACACCAAGCCAGUGUAAAAUGUUAUUUUCUCAUGUCUGAUAUUGUUUCUUCACUUCAGUUUCAUUCAUAAACGUUCACAACAUCAACAGAACAUUUCACAAUAAAAUAUUUUAAAUGCAUGCUUCUGACUCAAUUGCAGAAAAAUUUGCUCAGGAACACAAUCCUUAAAUUUUCUGCCUGAAGAAACAAAUUGAUGUUUUUUUCUGUAAAUCUUAAUUGUCUCACACCAAAAUGUAAUGUACUGCCUCAAAGACAGUGCUGUCUAAAAUGUCUUUUUCUUCCUGCUCAACAGUGAAAUCAACAUACUUUUAAGAUAAAAGAAUACAUAAUGACAUUUGUAGGAAAGUUGCACAUUUCUAUAGGUUUAAUAUAUUCCAACAGACUCAUAUGUUUUCCAUAUUGAAGAAAAAGCAUCAGAAUUCCCUGGUUUCUCACUAAGAAAAAAAUCAGAUACAGGUCAUGCUUUUUUCAGAAAGCCAUGCUUUAUCUUGUCAAUUUUAAGAAAGAAUGUACCUAAAUCUGCUUUUUUUUUUUCAUAGAGGUCUGAUGGGGUUUAUGGUCCUGCAAAAUUUUAAAAUGUUGCCCUAAAUUUGUUGUGGAAGUUUCUGUCUGCUCCUUGUGCCGGCUGCUCAAUAAUAUCCCAAUUUCGACUAGCAGUCAGGGGCCACACAGAUUCAUGCUGAGGGCCACAAAUGGCCCACAGGCAACAAUUUGGACACCCUAAGAACAGAAUAGAGAAAAAAAGCCUUUUCACGUGAUUUUUUACUGUUACUUUAGCUAAAGUCUCCACCCUCUGGACACGACCGAUCAUUUAACACAUCAUCACUCAUAAUAAUAAAAAAAACAUAACAGCAUAUGAGAAUAUUGGUCUGCAUUCUUUGUUAUAGUAUUUGACAUCUGACACUUGGUGUUCUCUGUGUAUUUUACUGUUUAAACCAAAUGUAUUGUUUCUAUUUCACAAUAUUCUUUUCAUCUCAUGCAGCCGCGUCAUGUCAUUCUAUUCUUUAUUCUUAUUGUGAGAUGAAACAUCCAUGAGCCUGAUGUGAAUGUCUUACGUAAUCACCUUGUUAAGUGUUAACUGGGUUUUCUGACUCAACGUUUCAACCGCCUUAAAUUUGGGAGGGGGGGUCCUCUGGGUAAAAAGAGUAACAUUUUUAUUUUGUUGCAAACAUUGGAAAUGUUGAUUAUCCAUUUAUUUUUUUUGUAAAGGCGUUUCAGUGUUCUCCGAGAGCUGUCGGGUUUCUAGUUUAUUUAGCUUUUUAGAACCAUGUUUUUUAUACUGCACAUUGUAGCACUACUGUGUUUAAUAGGAGUUUUAAGUGUUUGACAGAACAUUUAGAGGGAUCUGCAGUUGUUGUUUGAGUGCAUCGAAACAAACAAGAGCACAAAAUUGUGUUUUUUCUAAUUUUAUUUCUAUUUCUUAAUACUAUGUUAUCUGCUUUCAGACAAAGUACUGUGAAAUAAAGUUAAGGGUGCACAUAUGGCAUUAAA